CUUAUGACAACUUCCUGUGGGAGAAUGAAAGGACUCGCCCAGUCCUCAUUACAGCCCAGACGCAGCGCAGGGAGGAUAUCUGUGCAGCCCUGAAUAAUUACAUCUUAAAAAGAGCUCGGUACCAGUAUGGCGGACACCAGCGGGCCUCAGUCCUCCCAUAUAUCUUCUUCAGCAGGGGAGAAGGGCAGCGGCUGUGCAGAGUCACCGGGUUCUCCUUUUGAAAUGAUUGCCAACAGCACAGGUUUUGACUUCAAGAACACUUCUGGCGAGAACACGGCUGCCGCUCACGGACUUACAUAUAUUUCUUCUAAAACUUCAUAUCUUUAUGGGUCUAUAGAGGGAGUGGAGCCAUCAGACACCGGACCUGUAUAUGCAGGUAUUUCUGAAAAUGACGGGAACCUGUCAAUGACAUUGGAUAAUGCUCUUCAUACCUCUGAGGACAUUUGUAUGAGGAACACAAAUGUGCCUGAUAUUACACAUACCAGUGCAACUCAUGUAAGCAAGCCAAUUGAUACACAGUGUGGAACUCUGGAUCUGGAUGAUUCCCAUGAAUUGUACAGAAGUAGGACAGAGGAGGAAAGCAAUAGGGGGCUAUGUGAAGAGUCACAUCUGACAUGUGCGGAUACUGGAGAGACCAGCUCUGCUGACAUUCUGCUUAGUUCUUCUUAUGGAAAACGCUGGCAAGAGGUGGAUGAAGAGCUGGACAGUUCUGGGGAAUCCGAUGACACUGUCAUUGAUGCAGGCUGGAGACUAAAAAGUACAGCUGCAGAGAAAUUAGAAAAUUGUGAGGAAGGUUGGGUUGAAAUUGGUGGAGCUCAGCAGAAACAAGAGCUGGAAUGUGAUUUGCUAGAGGGAGUGGGAGCAAUGGAGAAUGAGAUUGCAGCAACUCAAGGCAAUGCAAGACCGCACAUACCAAAUGAAUGGAACAAGACAGAAGAUAUUUCUGCUACAACCAACCCUAAAACUGGAUUGGCCAAAAAUGCUCUGGACUCUCCAAACAGUGAGGACUUUGUAUUCCUGGCAGAGACCUCUGUUAUAAAUCGGUUUACAGAAGGCACUAACCAGGGGAAAACCGAUUCUCUAGAAAAUCAGAUUCAGGAAAAUCUCACUAUUGAAGCCCUGAGGGCCCUGGCUGUUAUUGGGGAAGAUCCAGAAUCUGAAAGCAGAGAGUCUUCUCCUGAAAUCUUGUAUCCUAUUGCACAGUCUGGCAGCGCUGAAGCUUUAAAGAUGGAAGUUUUGCAAACCUAUCAUAAGUUACCCCAGGUCACUGACUCACCUGUUGAUAUUGCAACACUCAAAGUGCAGGACCUCUUGUACUGGCGGGAUGUAAAGCAAUCUGGAAUGGUUUUUGGAGGGACAAUGGUACUGCUUCUAUCCCUGGCGGCGUUCAGCAUUAUAAGCGUCAUUUCCUAUCUUGUCCUGUCACUACUCGCAGUCACCAUCAGCUACCGUGUCUACAAGUCUGUCCUACAAGCUGUGCAGAAGACUGACGAGGGGCAUCCUUUCAAGCCUCUGCUGGAGAAGGAUAUCGCGCUGUCAUCUGACGCCUUCCAAAAGGCACUGAGCACAUCCCUUGCUCAUGUCAACCAUGCUCUGAAGUAUAUUGUCCGCCUGUUUCUUGUGGAGGACCUUGUAGAUUCACUCAAGCUUGCCCUACUUAUGUGGCUGAUGACUUAUGUAGGAGCUGUAUUUAAUGGGAUCACGCUUCUCAUUCUUGGUGUCCUGCUGGCGUUCACUGCACCCAUAGUGUAUGAGAAAUACAAGGUACAAAUUGAUCAUUACGUCUCGCUGGUCCAUAGCCACGUGAAGUCUAUAACAGAGAAGAUUCAAGCCAAGCUCCCAGGAGCACUGAAGAAAAAGUCUGAGUGAAGGAGCAGAUCUGUGGAGGGAGAGGGGAAGGGUGGUUGUAAGGAAGUGAACACUGGCUAUGUCAUAUCUCUUUAUUACUGUUAAAUUGGCUUCCUUUAUGUGGCGGCUACAAGGUCCUGUUUAAACACAUAUAUUUACACCUGGUGUGUCUCUGGCAGGGUAAGGUUCUGUUUAGACAGGGUCUUGCAUCUGGGUUUCUGUAAACACUGGAGAGCUGGGUAGAGACCCAGCAGCACCUACUGCGCCUGUCGCUUCCCCCCCCCCCCCCCCCCCUUCCUUUCAAAAACCAGUCACUCCCAUGUCUCAUUGGCUUGUCUCUGAUCUGCCUGUGCCUCAAGGCUUCUGCAGUCAUACCUUGCCCCUUUACUGACUUCCUUCGACUUUUUAAACCUUUUUCCAAAUUUAUUGUGCCCAUUGCACUCCACUGGUCCCCAUUUAUCUAUCUUUUCUAUCACCUUUUGGCUUGUUCUUGUUUCUGCAACUCUUAUACCUGCGAAAUGAGAUUUCCUAAUCCAGCACCCACCCAGUGAAAGCCAGUCACUGCCACAUCAUUACAAAACCCCCUUUUUUGCAUUCUAUUUUGCUAUUUAAUUUAUAUUUAAUUUUGUGUUGUUUAUGUGGAAAUGCUUUGAGUGGCAUGCCAGGAACUACUGAUGGUUGUAGGACACAAAGCUGUAUAGUGGGUAUCCUGCACUCUCUCCAUGUGCCUCACGUUCUGUCUUCUCUACUCACACCAUGGAAGGUGGGAAUUCCUAUCAUUACAUGUAAUCUACACAAGAGUCCCAGAAAGCUAAUACACUUAUAUUAACUCUCAAUGUUUUUAUGGAGUAUCAUUAUGUAAUUCCUGACUUUAUUUAGAUGCCCAAUUUGCCAGUGUGAAUGAAACACCCACUCAUGUUCACUAGGUAUGAAUGUGUCCAAAGCUUUGUAUAGUCAUAGAUUUCCUGUUGGUGUUUGGGACAGUAGUGCAGGUUUGGUCUCCUCCCUGAAACACUUGGGGGUGAGGCUGUUACUAUAGCGUUGGAUCCAGCUAAUGGUUUUGAGGUUCCUGGAAGCUGCAGUUUUUUGUCUUUUACGUUGAACUGUCACAGGUAACCCAUAAACUGGGGCCAUUAAGCAUGGAAGUAAUGGAAAUAAUAACUUCAAUAAUACAAACACAAAAAGUGAAAAUAAUAAUAAAAUAAAGAAAGGUUAUAAAUUUAAGUUAGGAAAAUAGAUGUCCUGCCUCGGGCGCAGGGUUUUUUUUUAAUGUGAUGUGUUGCACUGAGCUUCUAACUAUUCACUAUGUAUCAAUGCUGUUCAAGUUAAAUGCAUUAUUGUUAAUUCUUAGUCAUGAGAGGGACAUGUACGCUAAUAAUGCUGUCAAACAAACUUGUUCACACAGGGGGGGAAAAGACCUGCUUUUAUUUUUCAGGUGUUGGAAUUAUAAAAGCAAUUUUUCUUUUUAGUUUCUGCAAGUCCGUGGAACAAACUUCUAUAUAUAUUGCAAAUACAUGUGGUAUUAAUAAAAAGGAAUAGGAACA